UUUCAUAUGUGGGAGUAGAUGUAUUCGGGCCUUGGGAGGUGGUCUCUCGCCGUACCAGAGGAGGGCAAGUCAACAGUAAACGCUGGGCAGUGUUGUUUUCAUGUAUGUGUACACGAGCCGUGCACAUCGAAAUCAUCGAAGCCAUGAGUGCUAGCAGCUUCAUUAAUGCACUCAGAAGGUUUUUCGCUAUCAGAGGGCCCGCAAAGCAGCUGCGCUCAGAUUGUGGGACCAAUUUCAUUGGCGCAUGCAGAGAGCUCGGAAUGGAUGGAUCCCUCCCUGACCCGCAUGGCGUGGAGAAGUUUCUGGAGGCACAGAAAUGCAUCUGGGUUUUCAAUCCCCCUCAUUCAUCUCACAUGGGCGGUGUAUGGGAGAGGAUGAUCGGGAUCGCUCGUCGUAUCCUGGACUGCAUGCUUCUGGAAGAUAAGUCACGCCUAACUCAUGAGGUCUUGACGACCCUAAUGGCCGAGGUCAGUGCUAUUAUGAACGCAAGGCCUCUGAUUCCUGUAUCUUCCGAUCCAGAAGCUCCCGUUAUCCUCUCUCCUCUGAUGCUCCUGACUCAGAAAGUCGGCGCUCCUCCACCUCCACCAAGCGACUUCAAGAAAGGAGAGCUUCUCAAGGCAGAAUGGAAGCGUGUCCAAAGUCUGGCGAACACCUUUUGGACUAGGUGGCGCCGAGAGUAUUUGAGCACCCUGCAAGUCCGGCAUAAAUGGGUAAACAAGAGGCCUAAUCUCAAGCAAGGAGAUGUAGUCUUAAUGAAAGAUGCUCAAGCAAAGAGAAACGACUGGCCCACUGCAGUCGUCACAAAGGCUUUUCCGAGCCAGGAUGGACUGGUGAGGAAAGUAGACGUGCGAGUGAUCAAGGAGGGCAAGCCGAAGGUUUACUCCAGACCUGCGACGGAAGUGGUCCUUCUCCUGUCUCCAGAGGACUCUCAAGAUUAAAGUAGUUGUAGAAAUGUGAGGUCCUGUCUCCAAAACCUCAAGCGGGGAGUGUUGUGUUCCGUGUAUAGAGCUGUGUGUUUGUGGGAGCCCCCAGUGGCGAGUGAUAAUAGCGCAGCUUUAUCUACAACAGGAAAUAGUCAUACAGGAAGUUGUGUCAGUCAGUUGGGAAAUUACAUGUGGCAGUCCAGUUUUUGUUAGCUCCACAAUCUGGCUUCAUCCAUCUUCUGGAGACUCGUUAAGCGCAUUGUCUUUUUACAAUAAAGAAUAUAAGAAUAUUCAAGAGCUUCAGUAAUCUCCAAUUCAGAAUCCCGUUCUCCUGGAAUUAUUCGAAGUUCAUGUUUAUGCUGACUGAAUAGCUAGAUUCCAGGAACAUCUAGUGAGAACAGUAC